CGGCUGGCGGGGGCCCAGCACAUAACUCUGGGCGGUUGCAGUCUGGGGCUGCAGACACCCAGCCGCCCUGAGCUGAACUGACAGCAUGAAGCCCCUCCUGGUCCUGCCGCUGCUGCUGCUUCUCUCCACACCUCCCUGUGCCCCCCAAGCCUCCGGGAUCCGGGGAGAUGCUCUGGAGAGGUCUUGCCUUCAGCAGCCCCUAGACUGCGACGACAUCUAUGCCCAGGGCUACCAGGCAGAUGGCGUGUACCUCAUCUACCCCUCAGGCCCCAGCGUGCCCGUGCCCGUCUUCUGCGACAUGACCACUGAGGGCGGGAAGUGGACGGUUUUCCAGAAGAGGUUCAAUGGCUCAGUGAGUUUCUUCCGGGGCUGGAACGACUACAAGCUGGGCUUCGGCCGUGCUGAUGGGGAGUACUGGCUGGGGCUGCAAAACCUGCACCUCCUGACGCUGAAGCAGAAAUAUGAGCUGCGAGUGGACCUGGAGGACUUUGAGAACAACACUGCCUACGCCAAAUAUGUCGACUUCUCCAUCUCCCCCAAUGCAGUCAGCGCGGAGGAGGAUGGCUACACCCUAUACGUGGCAGGCUUCGAGGACGGCGGGGCAGGUGACUCCCUGUCUUACCACAGUGGCCAGAAGUUCUCCACCUUCGACCGGGACCAGGACCUCUUUGUGCAGAACUGUGCGGCCCUCUCCUCAGGAGCCUUCUGGUUCCGCAGCUGUCACUUUGCCAACCUCAACGGCUUCUAUCUGGGUGGCUCCCACCUCUCCUAUGCCAAUGGCAUCAACUGGGCCCAGUGGAAGGGCUUCUACUACUCCCUCAAGCGCACCGAGAUGAAAAUCCGCCGGGCCUAAGGGGCUGGCCCCAUCAGGCCUCCUUCCUCCCCUGGUCACCUCAGAUCUCCAUGAGUGCUCCCUCUGCCACUCCCCCGCCCACACACACUUCAGGGCCCGAUGCCUUGCUUCUUCUCCCUGAUCACCAGCUUCUCACAGGGGCCCUGUGGCUCUCAGCCAAGGCUGAGCGCCAUCACACACCCAGGGCAUCUCUGAGUCGGGCCCUGCCCCCCUGCACCUGAGGCUACGCAGCCAGCAGCUCCCCGGGCCUUUGCCGAGAGG